CUUAGGUUACCUGACGCCAUAUGCUACUGUUAUAGACGGAUCGUUUACAAAAACUGCGCAUUUUAAUAAUCCGAAUAUUAAUCUUGACGAGCAGUUUAAACAAAUUCACGAAGGCCCAACAACUAUUAUUCCUUGGAAACUUAUAGACCUUGGAGGCUCAAUGCACCUGGCAUUAAUAGAGAUUAUACUAUCUGGUGAAGAAAUGUUGGAUGGUAGAGAUGUAGCUUGUUUUAUAAGCGAAAUUAGAUGGAGUUUCCUUCAUUUUGAUGCAACACAUUGCAUUAUUAGUGUUAAGCAAAUUCUACAAACUUUGAAGUUGCUUCCUUUAAGAUUAAUGCACGGACGAUUUGUUGCAUUGGUGGAUGGUCCAAGUAAUAAAUCAUUGUUGGAUAACAUUAAAAAAAUACACGUUUACACUUACAAUACGAGACAAGAAACGACAAAGAGGUGUAACACCGAUCUUGGAAUGACCGAUGGCAGCAUUUUAGAUUUUCAGUUAUCUGCCAGCACAUUCCAUAAAUGGUUUCCAGUUGCAAAUGCCAGACCGUUCUCAUCUGAAUGGUGUGCAUCGUCAACUGAUCACGAUCCGUUUAUAAUGGUUGAUUUACUAGCUACCACACGUGUCGAAGGUAUUUCAAUGUGGAACCUGAAGGUGGGAAUAGGAACUAAUGUGCAUCUGAUUGGCAGCAAGCGAAUUCAAAUUUUGUUUGGGGAAAACGUGAGUGAUCUGCAAGAAUACAUGACAAAGGAAUUUCAGUUGGAUACCCUAUCACCGGAAUCACAGAUCAUGUUUAUCAAACCAUUUGAAGCUAGAUUUGUAAAGAUCAGAAUACUUGGUGGAAUGACAAAUGGGCUGAUAUGCCUUAGAUUUGAGCUCCAUGGAUGCAAACUUUCAGGUAUUCCAUUGCUGAAGUGCAAUGCGAGUAGUGAAAUGUUUGAUAAUAUGGAUGUUCUUCGGUUGCCAGACACAGAUUCUUCACACUUACGGAACAUAACUUCUUUUGAUGCAUGCAAACAGAAAUGUCAACAAGCACAAAACUGCAGUACCGCCGUGAUUACUGACAACUUCGUUUGUUCAAUGUAUCAUUAUGACAAUAUGGCAAGAUGGAGUGUUCACCACAAUAAAGGAACCGGCUUCCAAUCAUCGACAAAACUUUGCUGGAACAAUUAUCUUGCUGUUGGAAAAUCGAGAUUAAAAACAACGCCUACAAGAACUACAUUGUUCAGUCAUAUUGCAAAAGUUUUUGAAGAAUCAGUAAUAACUAGCAUAGGAUUUCCAUGGUCAUAUGUUGGGGAUCAGAGUUACAAAUGGAUUGUAAAAUUCGAUGACGAUAAUUAUGUGAAGCUAAUAUUUACAAAUAUUUCGUUUCAUAAAUAUGCAAAGAAUGAUUCGAGUUGUACAGAUUCACUACUGGUAUCAAACUUUCUGACCGGGAAUGCAGAGACUGCGAGACGUAUCACUAACAAGUUAAAUGGCUACGUAUUCAUCAUUGAAACAAGCGAAACGACCGUUAUUUUGACUUUUGCUUCAUGUUUUCCAUCGGCAGAUAUAACAGAACGGGGCAAUGGAUUUCGAGCGAUUGCCACUAAACAAAAGAUUCCGACAUGUUUUUCCUUACACUCUGAUCAAAGUUGGGAAGAUGGACGAUCGGAAAUUUGCAGUAAAAAAGAAAUGAUUAUUAUGCCAAUGUCAUAUUUUGGCCUUCCUUUUGAGAAAACAAAGGAAACGUGGAAUUUAUUUUUUCCAAGAUAUCGUAUCGAGUUACAUGUGAUAGAAUUUCAGGUGCCAUGUCAGGGUGCUGAAGGUGGCUCUAAGUUCUAUGUUGUCGAUUUCGACAAGACUUUUGAAUACUGCAAUCUUAAUAUGCCACCGAAAAAGAUUCAUCUGUCGUCGGAUAAUGCAAUAAUACAUUUCCUAAAGGACAAAAAGCAGGAAAGAGUUUAUUCCGAAGGAUUUGUGAUCAGAUACGCUCUAACUUAUGACAGACCCAACGUUUCGUUCACUUUCAAUGGCAUUCGAUCAAACGUAUCUAACAUUGCUUUGGGCAAGCCAACAAUUGGAUCAAGUCAAUAUGAAAAACAUCGUACAGAUUAUGCUCCAGCCGGCGUAACUGACGGGAUAAUACAUGCAGAUCUUACAUAUGGUACCUGCUUCCAUACGUUAACGGAAUUAAACCCAUGGGUUUUAAUCGACCUUGAAGGAAUCUACGUUCUUUACUGGGUAGAAUUAUACACGAGAAUUGAUUGUUGUGAUCAUCGCCAUGAAAACGCUGAAGUUUCUGCAGGUCUGGACCUAAAACAAAUGCAUGUCACUAGUGUAUGCGGACGCUAUGGGCCAAAUGAAGGCGUGAUAAUGAGUGGAGUGAGAGCUCGAUAUGUUAAGUUAGUACAUGUGUUUAAAGAGGAGACCAUGAAUAUAUGUGAGAUAAAGGUUUUUGGAAUUUUAGAGACAGCGGUUGAUUUAUCAAAGCAUGUUUUUCAAAGGCCAGCGCAAGUUGAUGGUCAAUGGGGAAACUGGAUGGCAUGGUCAGCAAUGUAUUGUAAUGGAACACAGCCCAGAAAGCGGUUAUGUAACAAUCCUUCUCCUCAGUUUUCUGGAAGGUCUUGCAAAGGACCAGAUACCGUGUACAGAAAUUGUGAUCCAGUAGAAAAUUGUAUCAAAAAUGUGGCUUUAAAUAAAACAGCCACUCAGUCGUCAUUGUAUCAGUCUAGAACAGCACAUUUGGGAAUCGAUGGUAAUUUGAGUCAGGGUCAAACUACAUGUUUCCACACAGAGAAAGACUAUCAGCCAUGGUGGCUAGUUGACCUUCAUGAAGUUUAUAUGUUACAUCAUAUAGAGAUUCAUGACUUUAUCACUUAUGCAAGAGGAACUCGGAGUAUUGAAGUAACAACGGGAAUAACAAAGUGUAACAUGACUAGUUUAUAUUUUAAAUGUGGAGAACCAAUGAUUCAAACCAAAAAAACGAUUGAAGCAACAGGGAGUAUCGCUCGAUAUGUAAAAAUACAGCUUAUGGGGGUCGUUGAAUUCUUGCAUCUUUGUGAAGUUGAAAUAUUUGCACAAAAAGUUUUAGAUCACUCAAAAUUUGAAGAAACUUGUGAAGAUAACCUAAAAAGCGUGGAUGGAAGAUGGUCUUCCUGGUCACCAUGGAGCACAUGUUCUGAAAGUUGCGGAACCGGAAAUCAAACAAGAACGCGCACUUGUUCUGAACCAGCUCCUUCAAAUGGUGGCAAGAUUUGUGUUCAAGAGGCCAUAGAUAUAAGAAACUGUAGAGGAUCAUGCGAAUAUUGUAUUCAGGAAUUUAAGAAAUGUUAUAGCCUAUACCCACAGCUCACAAACUGGAGGACAGCAGCAAACGAAUGUUGGCAUAGAGGGUUACAACUUCUAUCUCUACGGUCUACAAAGGAAUUAAGAUAUAUCAAAUCUCUUCUCAGGGAGAACAGAUACAUCGACGGUCAGCCUAUUCCAGCUAAUCAAAAAGUUAAAUUGCAUAUAAAUGCUGGCUAUUUUACUCAUAUUGGCUUACACCGCAUAUAUGAUCAAGACUCAGGAAGAAUAAUAUGGGAUGAUACCUCUCAUCACGUGACAUUUAUUGCAUGGAAAACUGGUGAACCAUCUGAUGGAAAUUGCACACGUAUGAACUACCGGUUUUAUAAUGAAGAUAAUACAUGGGAAUCUGAGGAUUGUGAGAGACAGCUAGCAGAGUAUUUCGUCUGUGAAAGGGAUAUACACUCUGCCAAAGGUACCGAUACAGCAUAUUUACCUGACAAGCGGAACUGGGUCAUGAUUCCAGAACAGAUACCUACCAAUCAAUAUAAUGGAACAGUAAAUCAAACGAUGUCAGGAAAAACAUGUUCACUUUGGGCAAAUGAAAACAGAACGAAUUUACUAGAUGGUGGUGCAUGGCUUCAUGAUGACCCAAUUGAGGACACGAUGUUUCCGGAGAGAUCUAUAAUUGCGGCAGAAAACUAUUGUCGUUCGCCAACCAAUGACAGAUAUCUCUGGUGCUACACUGAAUAUGAUCCAAUUAAGCCAUACGCCUUCGAAGAAUGUGAUAUUAUCAUGCAACCUGUACAAGCCAACAACAGUAAAUUUGACGGUUAUCUAAGAUAUACGGGAACGCUAAAUACAACAUUCUCCGGUGAACCGUGUCUGAAAUGGUCAGAAUCGAAUGCUCAUGAUUUUUGGUUCCCUGGAGAAAGUCUUGCUGGUGUCAGCAACUAUUGUCGGGAUCCCUGGAAUAGCGGGUACCUCUGGUGCUUCACCAAAAAUAAAUCAUUGCGGUGGCAGCCGUGCAUACUAACAGAUUCGCCAGACAGUGGUCGGGGAGUCGUUUAUAAUAAGAAUGGCAGGUUUUGGAAUCAUACAUACACAGGGGAUGCUUGUCAACCUUGGAGAAGAUAUAAUGAUUCUGUAGAGAAAAAGAGUUUAUAUGAUGCUAUACUACGCAACAAUAACAUUUUUCGUGGCGUGAAUGAACGCUACGAAAGAAGACAAGUCUUUAGGUGUAAAAACGGCCAAGUCAUUCCGGGUUUGAAGAAAUGUGACAGUAGAUUCGAUUGUAUAGACUAUUCAGACGAAACUGAGUGUUGGAAUGAAUAUCAAUCUCAUGCACUUAUUGCCAAGGACAUGCUAUCUACUAAACUACCGACAAGUUUCGAAAACGGAUCAUUUUUCCACUGUGCUUUCUCGGCUGAAUGGAUUUCUGUUCUUGUAUACUGUGACGGUAUAAUAGACUGCUUAGAUGCUUCGGAUGAAACGAAUUGUAACCGAUCUCUGUCAGGUAACGUACCUUGUUUGCAUGACCAGUUUCAAUGCGGGAAAGGUGAUUGCAUACAUAUCAGUCAAGUGUGUAACUUUAUUCCUGACUGUGUUGACGGCAGUGAUGAAAACUGUGAUCUAAAAGUAUGUGAAACGACAGAAUUCAAAUGUACCAAUGGCCAAUGUAUACCUGCUAACAAACGUUGUGAUUCACGGAAAGAUUGUUAUGAUGGAAGCGACGAAUUCUCGUGUGAUGCAUGUGUACAAGAUGAAGCAUUUCAUUGUGACGGUUACCGGUGUAUCCCGAAUAGGUUACGUUGUGAUAAAUAUACCGACUGCGAGGAUGGUAAAGACGAGAUGAAUUGUUUACGAACAGACUUUGAGUCGUGUGAUAAAGUCUGGGAAGCAGGUUACAGGACUUCAGGAAGAUAUACUGUCGGAGGAUUAUCAUUAAACUGCGAGUUUGGUUACAUCGAUACCGGCCGGGUAUACACUAUAGUAGAUAACACUGAUGUUGUUGGGGUCUCCAUCUAUAAUGAAAGGGAAGGUGGGGGACGUGAUUCUACUAAUCUUUAUAGUAUUGCACAGAAACCAGGCUACAUAUGUAAACAAAAGAUAAAGCAAAAAUGUCCUCUGGCUUACACUGCGGCUGCCAAGUUUGAUGAUCCUAAUUACGUUCACCGUUUUAUCCAUUGUGCAUGCGUUAUUCUUGAAGUUACCGUGAUUAAGAAUAAGCAGCAAGAAAUGAUGUGUAUGGAUAAUUUAAACUACACAGACGGCGCUAUACAAGAGCUUGCAAAUAAUCAGUCGAGACUAAUGUUUCACUACACUGAAGAAUUUAUAUACAGAGAAAUGACAGUCAAAUCCGGACUGUCGAUCAAUGAUAUAACAGAAUACUUUCCUGGUCCAGUUGUUUGCAAACAUGACUACAGACCAAAGAAAGAUAGUGUCACGUGUGAAGGUGAUGUGAAAGUCAUCCCAGCUCAUCUUAAAUGUCUGUAUGAUGUUGAUAGCAAUGGUAUCAUUCUUGGAUGCCGAUCAGGGAGCCAUCUUGACCAUUGUGAGAGUUUUCAGUGUUUACCGAACACAGUUAAAUGCCCUGGUAGUUAUUGCAUACCACUAAGGUUCAUUUGUGACGGUACGGCUCAGUGUCCAGGUGGGCAAGACGAGGACAAUUGCGGUUGUUCUAAGGAAUACAGUGAGAUUCUUAUUCUUCAUGACGCUGGGUUUGUUCAGCAGAAGUUCGAUUUUGACAAGUUUGCUAACCAUUUUUAUACGAACAUAUCGACCAUUCGUAUUCUAAGCUACACAACAUUUCAGCCACUCAAGGAGGACAAUGACAUAGAGGAUAUUGUCAUGAGUGUUAAAGAUACUUCCUUUGCUCCGUUUGCAUCAGUUUACCAAUUGCAGACGUACUAUUACAAAAUGCUUGCUAAAUCAUUUCUUAAACAUAUUAUGUUCAAUCAAUAUAAAUCAGGGAAACAAGGAAUAAUUUUUCUUGAAAACAGUGAUAAUGCCAAGGCUGUAGCGAAACAACUAUUUGAAAAUAUUUCCAUGGAUUUUACACGUAAGUUCACCGUUUAUAGGGUUGUUGAAAAUCCACAAGGAAGUGUCAAAAAUGUUUCAAAUACAUACAAAGGUGUUGUUGAUGUACCAAUAAAGCGAUGGGAGUCGUUGAACACCGUUGGUGUGUCUUUGUUUCCCGAGAUAUGUACUGAUUCUACAAAGGUCAUUUGCCCAAAUGCAUAUAGAUGUGCUUGGAGUAGAAACUGCAUUAGUCUAGAUCAAGUGUGUGACGGAUACGCUCACUGUUACCACAGAGAUGACGAACGACUUUGUAACUUCCGAUGCCCUGUAAAAUGCCGUUGUAGAGGAUAUGCCAUAUUUUGUAGUCAUAGCAACAUUACAAUGGGUGAUGUUUAUAACAUGUCUGAUACUGCGAGACUACUCGAUUUAAGUAGAAAUGUCAAUCUGAGAAAAGUAUUAGAGAACUCGCAUCUGGAGUUUACUUCUUUGGCCAUUCUUAAUCUAUCGCGAUGCAAUAUUGUAAACAUAUCAAUAGAUGCUUUCCAUGGUGUGAGAAAUAUCUUUACGUUUGAUUUAAGCUCUAAUGACAUCAGAACAUUGCAAUCAAAUGUAUUUCGUCAUCUCAAACACCUUCGGUUGUUACAAUUGAAGGGUAAUAGUAAACUUUCAAACAUUGAAGCGGGUGCAUUUAAUGAAUUAACUUUAAUUCGAGAAUUGAAUUUUGCUAAUGCUCAAUUAAAAGUGAUAAAUGCAUAUUCUUUUGCCGGUCUUGAACUUGAUGUCAUUGAUUUGUCAAAUAAUACCAUCGUAGAAAUAAAAGAAUUCGCUUUCAGUGAUUUGUUCGUGUCUAAAAUAUAUAUCAGCGGAAACAAAGUUACAAAGUUCAAUAAAGGAAUUUUCACAGGUGUAACAGGGCUAGCAGAUUUACAUACACCUGCAUACAAAUUUUGUUGUAUCAGACCAAACUAUUUGGACGAGGAACAAUGUUUACCGACAAAAGACGAGUUUUCCUCCUGUGAAGACUUGAUGAGACUCUCAGCUCUCCAGACCAUGCUUUGGCUUAUUGGAUUGACAGCUCUCAUAGGAAACGCUCUAUCAAUCAUUUAUAGAUUAGUGUAUGACAGGAAGAGGCUUCGGAUAGGAUAUGGUGUAUUCGUUACAAACCUUGCGGGAGCAGAUCUGUUAAUGGGAAUAUACUUGAUGAUAAUUGCAACAGCGGAUGAUCUGUUCAGGAAAAGAUACAUUUUCAUGGAUGAUUAUUGGAGGAACAGUGUCUGGUGUAAUGUCGCAGGAUUUCUGUCGACAGUGUCGUCUGAAGCAAGCGUUCUCUUUCUUUGCCUGAUCACCAUAGACAGACUGAUUAUGAUCAAGUUUCCCUUGAAGCAGAUACGAAUAACUUGGAAAAUCGCGCAUCUGCUUUCGGCAGUCAUGUGGAUUCUCUCAAUAUUUAUAGCUGUUAUACCAUUUAUAUUCAGCGGCUACUUUCAGGGUCAAUUUUACACGAAAUCAGGCGUUUGCAUUGCCUUACCUCUGACAAGAGAUCGACCACCAGGCUGGGUAUAUUCCGUGGCAAUAUUUGUAGGGUUGAAUUUCAUUACAUUUGUCCUUGUUGCUUUUGGUCAGGUUGCUAUCUUCAUGGAAUUCAAGAAAACAAUUAUUGCACAUACAGCUAACGAAGCCAGAAAACAGGAUUUGACAAUAGCAAGAAACUUACUGCUUGUAGUAACCACAGACUUUCUGUGUUGGUUUCCAAUUGGAGUAAUGGGAAUGAUGGCUCUGAAUGGACAUGAAAUAUCAGGAGAUGUCUAUGCAUGGGCAGCUGUAUUCAUACUACCAGUUAACUCCGCCUUAAACCCGAUUCUUUACACAUUAUCAGCUAUUGUUGUACGAAAGAAAUUCAGCCCAAGUACAGACGAGCAAAACCGGACAAAAAUAUCGAAAUACACUGGUACACGAAGCUUGGCAAUUUUUGGUGUAAGCAAACAUUUCUGGAACCGAUUCCUACCAAAUUAUCGUAAGCUUGGUGAUAUCUUGGAAACAAACACGGAUUUUAGCCUUAUGAAAAUCCUCCAGAUUGCAACAAGAAUUGCGGGAGUCUUAGAUGUGGUGCACGAAACUUCACUCGUAAUUGAAAAGCUGGAUGUUGAUACGAUAUAUGUACAGAUGCAGAAUGCAAAGAUAUCUGGGAAGAUAAAGCUGAAGGUAAAACCGCAGAUGUCGGUGAAUGCCGAGGACAGUUUCAAUGACAUGCUGCAGUUUGGUAAAGUACUGCGAAUAUUGCUCGCAUCUCGACACCACAAAGAAAGCACUUUAUAACUUUUUUGCUCUGAUAUUGAUUUAAUGUCAUUCUUGCCAUGGUUGUCUGCAACAAUAAAAUGUGCAUUAUUUUCCAUUACGACAUCUUACUAUGUAAGUAAGUGUUGUAGCAUACAAAAAGUAUGUAAUUUACUUGUCAAUGAAUAUAAAGUAUUCCUUUAUGUAAUAAGAUCUGUGCUACAUUGAGUUUGUACUUCAACCACUGACAUAGCUGUAGGAUUUUAUGAACGUAACACUAUUAAUUAUCACUUUUUACUUAAAGGCGAUUCCGAAAUACUGCAAUAUUUAUAAACGCAACUUAGUAAAUUUAAACUUGUGCAGAACUAUUUCUCAGACUUAGCAAAAUAACAGAGAAUCAUCAUUUAUUCUUUUUUUAUUUGUGUUCAUAUUUAGGAAAUGGUGGAUUGUUUUGCGUUUAAAAAAUUAAAAAAGAAAUUCGUAGUUGAAAUAAGUUUAUUGUAACAGCUUAUUAUAGGAAAAUGGACAUUAACUAAAUCUGGCAAGUUGUCAUUUGACCCCUUU